UAUGACGUGACUGGGGCGGUGCUAUAGGAUCUGCGCGUCCGGGAUGCCCCGUCCCGGAGUAAGCAUGGGGACUCCUGCGGGCCCCGGGACCCGUCCCACGGGCGCUGGAACUCUUGAAGGCGUGGGGACAACUCCAGGCCUGCAGACUGACUGCGAGACGCUGCUCAGCCGCUUCCAAGAGAUGGACAGCGUGCGCUUCGAGGACUUUGCGGAACUCUGGCGCAGCAUGAAGUUCGCGACCAUCUUCUGUGGAAAAAUGAGGAAUUUAAAAAAGAACAUGUUUACCAAAGAAGCUUUAGCUUUGGCCUGGCGCUACUUUUUGCCUCCUCACACGUUCCAGAUCAGAGUUGGCGCUUUGUAUCUUCUGUACGGGUUGUACAACACACAGCUGUGCCAGCCAAAACAAAAGAUCAGAGUUGCCUUGAAGGACUGGGAUGAAAUUAUUAGAUUCCAGCAGGAUUUGAUAAACGCACAGCAUUUCGACGCAGCUUUCGUUUUCAGGAAGCUUCGGCUCGACAGAGCCUUCCACUUCACAGCGAUGCCCAAGCUGCUUUCAUGUAGAAUGAAGAAAAAAGUUCAGCAAACUGAAGUGACACAAAAAUUUAAGGACCCGAAUGAUCGUGUAAUGAAACUUAUCACUUCUGAUGUAUUAGAGGAAAUGCUGAAUGUUCACGAUCAUUAUCAAAAUAUGAAACAUGCUAUUUCAGCCGACAAGUCCAUGCCAGACAAAGCUCUCAGUCUGGUAAAGGAGGAUUUUUUUGAUAACAUUAAGAACAUAGUUUUGGAGCAUCAGGAGUGGUAUAAAGAAAGGAAGAAUCCCUCCUUAAAACCCAAACUUAAAGAUGGAGAAGAGAAUGGUGAAGGCACUUCAGAGGAGCCAGAGAGAUGCGAGAGAGCAAUGUCUUUAGCAAAAAUAAAAGCAAAAGCCUUCUCAGCUGUCGCCCAGGUCUCCAAGUCCAGGAGGCAUCGCCAGUCCAAGCUUGACUCUUCUGACUCUGACUCUGGGUCUGGACAAGUGCAAGGCAAAGCAGUUAAGAGAAGGAGAACCAGAGAACCAGCAGAACCUGCAGAACCGGCCACAAGGAAGAGGUCUUCCAGGAGCAAAGGUAAUGUUCCGAAUGAACAUAAGGAAGAGAAGUCUUUACGCCUGAGCAUGCCUGUUAUUACAGAGGAGGAGGAUGACGGCGUGGAUGGCUUCAGCAAAGCAGAGGUGACUGCACCCAAGAGAAAGAGAAAAUGCUGACCCAGGAGGCUGGUGGAGUUUUAAAUUUUGAGCUUUCCAACAGAAGAAAUGGUGUUAUGUUGUAUACUAAGCAGGAAGUAGCCAGUGGAGACUAAAUCUGAGCACAAGAUCAUUUCUGUGAAAUGGGCGAGCCUAUCAUAGGCCAAGAGUUGGAGUAAAGGUUUACUCUGAAGCUUAAUUUUAACAUUUUUUUGUUAAUAUUGCAAUUUUAACAAAUUACAUUGUAAUUUGUAACAAAAUAAAUUAUAAAUGUGUUAAACUUGUUAAAGUUGUUAAAGGUCUGUAUGAGUGGAGAUAAAGUUUCUGUCACCUUUAGGAUGUAACUUGUGGGUUAAUACUCUUUCCUGAGAGUUUUUGUGCUGUACUUAAUGCAGUGCUGUAAUGUUUACACUUCUGUUUUUAAAACAUUGUUCUAAAACACUGUUUAUACAUAAAUGACUUACACCUCACCUAGCAAUGGAUUUGGCUAUUGGUUUUGUUGAAUAUUUUGUGUGUUAUGGUUAAGUGCAAUAAAAAAUUUUGCCCCCUU